AUGAGCGAGCCCGAUUCUUCCGUGGCUCCAUCUAACGAAGAUAGUGCGGACCCAAAGCAAGAAGAAAAGGUCGAGGUCGAACAAAAGCCAGACACAACAACAAACGAUUCCGUAGAGGAUCCAGCGUCUAAACUCGAAAGCAAAAAGCCAGACACUCAAUUACACGAGGAACAAGAGCAAGAACAAAAGAAAGAGGAGCCCAAGAAAGCGUCGCAUUGGCGAGCGGGGUCUCUCAAAGUCAAGUCUUUUACAGGAUACGCAUUGAACCUUCGAUGCUGGAAAAACGCUGACAAGCAAGAAACAGUAGAAACUGAAGAAAACGACCAACAACUUGAACCUGAGCCUGAAGCAGAUCCUGGCACAGAGCCUGAGCCUGAGGCAGAAACUGAGACCCCAUCACAAGCUGAAGAUCAACAACAGAAACAACCACCCAAAACAGAAGCAGAGAACAACCAACCCCAUUCUGACUCGGAAGGGUCCGAAAGCCAACAACAGCAAGUAUAG